UGUUGCCAACGGAAACGAUAUCGCCAUGAUGAAAAUAUUUGUGAAGUGUGACAAGAUAUGACACUUUAUUUUAAAAUAAACAAUUUAAUACUAUGGCAGAUAGUUUUUUCGGAUUUGAUACGACAAUAUCGCUUGAUGACGAUGGUGGCGGAGGUUUAGGAGACAACGAAGAGGAUUACGAUGCAUUUAAUUCCGAGACGUUUGACGCAGCCAUUAAUGGCGAUUGGGAGAAUACCCACGAAAAUUUAGUAUUAUUAGAUCAAUCCGAUGAUGUCAAGGAAGAUGAAAAUGACGACGAUGAUUCGGACUUGGAAAUUAAUUUUUCGCGAGUCGGAAUGGACGAUUUUGAUGUGGCAAAAGAGGACACAGAGGGACGUGUUCAACUGGAUCCAAGUGUUUGGGCACCAAAACCGCUACCGACACAGAAUCCAUUCAGUUUAUAUCAAAGUCCGGACUUUAUGCGACACCAUAUGCCCCAAUAUGCAAUGCCGGCGCCGAUACAGCAACCAAUGAUGCAACAACAACAGCAACAACAAAAUCAUCAACCGAAUCACCAGCAAAAUCAUCAACAAAGCCAUCAGCAACAAAGCCAACAACAGCAUCAAAUGAACAGUUUGCUGGAAUCGUUGCAAUCGGGAAUGCCCACAAUUCCGCCGCCGCAUAAAAUCAUUUCCGUGGAAGACAUCGAACGAAGCAUUCGGAAUCAGCAAAAACAACAACCGGCAAAAUUUGAACCGCUUCGAUCACAGACACCUCAACAUCAACGGCCACCACAAAGCCAAAUCCAUCAGCAGGUUCCAUUCUCUCGGUCUCCAUCGGUUCCGCCAGGAUUACCACCUCCAAAAGGACCAGUGUUUCCAGCAUAUCACAAUCAGCUGCCGACAAACAAUAACAUAAAACCGAUCCGGUUACCGCCAGGAUUUCCUCCUUCUAUGCAAUUAAUGGGACAGCAUGCGAUGCAUGGAUUGCCUAGACCAAUACAUCCAAAUUUGCCGGUUGCAUUAAAUAAUUUUGCGAUGCAUCCACAUUUCAAUGCAAUGCGUGGCAGUAGCGGUGUUUCAAUGCAACACCGUUUGCCGCCACCAAUGACAUCACCACAUUACCAGCCGAAUAUGCAAAAUAUGCCCGUUUCUGUGAACCAAUUUAAUCAGCGUCUAGUGCAGGAAAUUCAGCAAAAUCAUCCAAUGUUGCCUUUCAAUCGAUUGAACAAUAACUUCAACCAUCAUCCGCAACUGAAUCAAAUUCAAAUGCAACAUCACAAUAACAACAACAACAAUAACAAUAGCGUAAAUCAUGCAACGAAUGGAAAGAAUUCUCAGAUGAUGCAGCAGAUGAAGAUGAACGGAAACUUGAAUGAAGAAUAUGACGAAUAUGCGAAUUUGAUGAGCAAACGGGACAAGCAGUGGCUGAUCACGAUUCAGUUGUCUCAAUUAAAUACCGGCACACCAUACAUUGACGACUACUACUACACAGUGUUCAAGGAACGAAAAUCGAAAUUGAAGGGCGAACGGGAAAACAAAGCGCAUAAGGAUAAUCAAUUGAAUCAUCCGUUCUCGCAGCCGAAAGGUCAUGCCCAAUUGGUCAUCAUGUCGAUGGGUAACAAAAACGGAAUGAACCAGCGAAACGGUCAAAAUAAUCGCGAAAGAAAAAAUUCCGAAUCGAAUAAGGACAAAGAGCAAACGCCGCGCACAUACACCCCAUUGCAAUUCGAGAAUUCGUUGGGAAAGUUACAGUGUGGCAGUGUCACAGCGCCCAGAAAAAUCAUUGACAUGGAUGUCGUGGGCCCGGAAUCAUCCAGCCCGUUUACAACGUCAAUUGAAAUAUCUGCACAAAGAAAAUCUCGCCAGAUAUUGAUGCACAUCGAAACGCUGUACCGGAUUGUGUUGAAAUUGGAGGAUUUAGAGAAUCCAACAGCAAUUGCAACUUUUCUCAUUGUUAAGGAACGCAAAGAGAAGGAGCGUGUCGCUGCAUUGGAACAGCAAAUGCUGGACAACGUGAUAGCGAAUAAGGAGGGCAUUUCCGCAUUAAAUCUUGAUUCUACCGGCAAUUCCGUGCGGUCGUCUAUGUCACUGACCGAAAAAGAAGAUGAGGGCCGUGAUGAAUUGCUGCCUAAAUUGAUAGCCGGUCUAACGUCAGAAAAGGUUGCACACAUGAUGACGGUCCGGAAGGGAAAGACGCUACUUCGCCGCAUAAUGCCACUGAUCAAAAACAGCACUCAUCGCUGGGCGGUUUGGUACACCAUAUUUGCGACACUGCCAUUGAUUAUCAAGAAAGAUAAGGACGAUACAGAUGGACUGUUUUUAGCAAUGUUUCCCGAAUUCAAGAAUCAAAUUCAACAUGGAAGUAUAAUGGAAGUGAUGAAAAUUGCUAAUUCCAUGAUUGCAUUCGAGUCCCAUCUGUGUUACAUGUUCAAAAAUAAGUUCUUCAUUUCAUGCAUAAUAGUACUCAUACUUCGCGCCGAAUACAUCUUCAGCAUCACCGACGACUCAUCGGCCAGCACUAGCGUACCAUCAUCAUGGUUGGCAUUUUUAACGAUACUGGUGAAUGGCGCCAACAAAGUGACUCAAUUGCAAACCAUCGGUGCAUCGAUUCAAAAUGACAAUAUCAAAGUGUUGGUAAGUCAUUUCUCGCGUUUCCGUGAGCUGAAGUCGCAACAGUUGCUGGCUGUACUGACUCAAGACGACGUCUAAACAAAAACAAAAUGUUUCAAAUUUUUCAUUUCAAUUAAU